CAAACCCUAAAUCCCCACGCUGCUCUCUCUACUCAUCCCCGGCCGUGAGGAUGAGAGUCCAUCUGAUGCUAAUAUCCGAGCUCGAUGUGAACCCGGCCCAACUGAAAAUGCUACGUACUAAACUCAAGCACCUCCUCUUCGGACGUCGCUUUGUCAAGUAUGAUGCAUCAUCGCAGAAGUUGUUGGACAAACAUGGAAUUAGGUGGAAGGGAGAAGUACCAAAUGCUCCUGACAACGGCCACCGUGGCCGUGGCUGCGGACGUAGCGCAACUGGUGAAGCUUUAACUGACAGGCCUCCUUUACCAAAAGGACAUGGUUAUCUUUCUUUGGGAACCUGGGCGGAUGCGCAUGGUAAUGCCUCUAAGAUAUACUCUAGUUGUUCUGCUCUCAUGUAUUGUCGUGUUUGUGGUAUGGAAGGAGACCACUGGCGUCGAAAUUGUCCAAACCGGCAUCGACCAGAACCAGAACCAACACCUGCUGUUCCGAUCAAUAAAAAAAAAAAUCAAAACCAGUUUUCCAGACACAGAGAAAGAAAGAAUCAAAUUCCGCUGCAGGCACCAACAACAGCUCAUAUGAGACCAAAGAAUGAUGAGAGCUGUCGGUCUUUGUGAGCCGUGUUUACUGAGAAGACUGCUGGUGCGAAGUUGUCUUAUGAACUGUCUUUAUAUACAUGUCAUGUGCAUAAUGGGGAACUUGUUUACUUUAUCAUUAUAAUUAGAAGCUCUCCAUUGCUUGACUUGAAAUUGAAUAAUUAAGUUGAUGUUGCUUUUAUAUAUAUUCUUUCUUAUUGAACUAAGUAGUACCUGAACUCUGGAACAAUGUUUGAAAUCAAGGCGUUCAGAUUAUGGAUUGAGCUUAAUAUAUUGUUUUGCUCAUUUCAGAGGUAGAUAUUACAAUUUUGAUAUAUUGUUUUGCUCAUUUCAGAGGUAGAUCUUACAAUUUUGAUUUCAGAGGGUUCCUAGGAUUUGGGAUAAUGAGCAAAAGGCGUUUGCUU